AUAGGCACAGACAAGAGCAUAUUUUCGUCAUCAAAUCACCUUCCAAUCAACAGCAGUCCUACGCAAACCUUUCUCAGAAAACCCUAAGCAAUUCCACUACAAUGGCACCACCAUCUCUCCUUGGCCCUCCAGAGAUUAAGAAGCCAGUGCCAACACCACAACAACAAGCCCCAACAACUGUACGGAAUCCCUUUGUAGAUCUAAUGGUAGACAAUUUCAAUAAAACCACUGUUAAUCAAUUACCCCAGAUGGGUUACACUGAAAAUAUGUCAGCUACCUUUCUCUCCUCGGGCAACCCCUGUCUUGAUUUAUUUUUCCAUGUAGUACCAAAUACCCCACCUGAAUCCCUCCAGAAAAGACUCCACUCUGCCUGGAACCACAACCCCUUGACCACCCUCAAACUCAUCUGUAACCUUAGAGGUGUACGUGGCACCGGAAAAUCUGAUAAAGAAGGGUUUUACACAUCAGCAAUCUGGCUACACAACAACCACCCCAAAACUCUAGCCUGCAAUAUUCCAUCCAUGGCGGAUUUCGGUUACUUUAAGGAUUUGCCUGAAAUUCUUUACCGACUUUUAGAAGGGCCUGAUGUGAGAAAGAUCCAAAAACAAGAGUGGAGGCAGAGAAAAGGCAGAAAGACUGGAAGGAGAGCGGGAUUUAAGAUUGGGCAACCAAAGACUCUAGCGCCAUUUCAACGCAGCAAGAGGCCUAAGAAUGCUAAAUCGUCAAGAAAUGCUGGGCCUAGCAUUCCCAUACAUAUCAGAAUCCAGAAUGAAAAGAGAAGGGCUGAGAUGGAGAAAGAGAAUGCAAGUAUUGCCAGGAAAGAGAGAAGGGCAGCCAUGGCGAAGAAGGUUAUUGAAAGAUAUAGUCAUGACCCUGAUUAUCGGUUCUUAUAUGAGGGCGUAUCGGAUUUCUUUGCGGGUUGCCUUAAGACUGAUAUGCAACACUUGAAUUCUAGUAAUACAACAAAGGUCAGUCUUGCUGCGAAAUGGUGCCCCUCUAUUGAUUCUUCCUUUGAUCGAUCAACUCUGUUGUGUGAGAGUAUUGCAAGGAAGGUAUUUCCUAGAGAAUCUUAUCCUGAAUAUGAAGGAAUCGAAGAGGCACAUUAUGCUUAUCGUGUUCGUGAUCGAUUGAGGAAGGAGGUUUUGGUUCCGCUUCGUAAGGUUCUUGAGUUGCCUGAGGUCUAUAUCGGUGCUAAUAGAUGGGAUUCCAUCCCAUACAAUAGAGUUGCUUCUGUGGCCAUGAAGUUUUACAAGAAAAAGUUUUUUAAACAUGAUGCAGAGCGUUUCAGACAGUAUUUGGAAGAUGUGAAAGCUGGAAAGACCAAGAUUGCAGCAGGUGCAUUGCUGCCUCAUGAGAUCAUCGAGUCUUUGAACGAUGACGAUGGUGGAGAAGUAGCAGAGCUGCAGUGGAAGAGAAUCGUUGAUGAUUUAUUGCAGAAAGGGAAGAUGAAAAACUGUAUAGCUGUCUGUGAUGUGUCCGGGAGCAUGUCUGGGACUCCAAUGGAGGUUUCUGUGGCACUUGGUCUGUUGGUUUCAGAGCUUUGUGAAGAGCCAUGGAAGGGUAAGCUAAUUACAUUCAGUCAAAACCCCAUGCUUCAAAUGGUUGAAGGAGAUAGUCUUCUACAGAAGACUGAGUUUGUGAGGAGCAUGGAGUGGGGCAUGAACACUAAUUUCCAAAAGGUGUUUGAUCUUAUUUUGCAAGUUGCUGUUAAUGGUAAUUUGAGAGAGGAUCAAAUGAUCAAGAGGGUGUUUGUGUUUAGUGACAUGGAAUUUGAUCAAGCUUCCUGCAAUCCUUGGGAAACAGACUAUCAAGUCAUUGCAAGGAAGUUUACUGAAAAGGGUUAUGGUAAUGUAAUCCCAGAGAUUGUGUUUUGGAAUUUGAGAGACUCAAGGGCUACACCAGUACCUGGUACACAGAAGGGAGUUGCACUUGUGAGUGGGUUUUCUAAAAAUUUGAUGAAAUUGUUUUUGGAUGGAGAUGGUGAAAUAAGCCCUGAAGCUGUUAUGAAAGAGGCCAUCGCUGGGGAAGAGUAUCAGAAGUUAGUUGUGCUUGAUUGAUAUGGUUGUCUGUAUAUAAAGAAAAAGAAAAACAAGAAAAGAAGCUUAUUUCCGGUUCAUAAUUUUUCCUUUCCUGAGCUCUAGAACAUGGCAGAUACAAUCAACCCAAACCAUUAGUAUAACUCAAUGUAGAUAACCCGAGUUCUUGAUAUAAAAAACUUUUUCUCUCUUUA